ACCGUUCACAAUCACAUAUAUAUCCCAACCCCGACCGUCUGGACACGCACCUCCCAACCCUCCCCGCUCUCCUCCUUUGCUUCGAUAUCACUUCUUUCUAAGACCACGCCGCACUCUUCUCCCGCCCCUGUCUGCAUGCCGGCCCUGCAGUUGAAAUGGCCACAGCCGCCAUCGAUGCCGGUGCCGCCUUGCAAACGCCCGACGGUGCCACCAUUGCCGACUCAGCAGCAACUUGCGUGGGCACCUUCAACGCGUUCCUGACCGGUAAUGUCCUCCCGGCCGACGGAGGCGAUGCAGAAUCAUCAGCGUGGGCGGAAGAGCAGAUGGCAAGAUUCAGCAUCUGGGCCGCCAAUCUGGGCGUCUUUGCUCGUGGCCACGCUUCGGCCGACUACCGGCUUCGAGAUUCGGACGAGGUUUGCAGCUUGAUACUACAGUAAGGAGGAUCAGGCUCUUUGAAUUCUGUGUUCCCUACUCCUGAUACAUGCUCGCUUCCUCUCGUUUACUCCUGGCACAUCCCAAUCCGACUUUCUUUACUCCUUUUGCUCCUGAGACAUACCUCAUUAAGCCAGUACUGAACCCCGAUCUUCUAGGCUGCUCGAUGCUCUGCGGGAGAAUCUUCUGUGCAGUAAGUACUAAGUGGAGAGGCCCUCCGCUGCCUCCAGCUCCCCAACUCUCAGGGGCUGCCUCCCGACUCCAAACCGUAACCUUAGACUCCGGCUGCUGACCUCGUGCGCUCUAGCCGUCACCAGUUCAGUUGUUCAGGACGAAGAAGAAACGGGUAACAGUAACAGUGGCAGCGACGCCAGCGAGGGCCA